AUGGCGUCGUUGAUGCCUUUGGGAGGUGACUACUACGACCCCUUCUCCUGGGACGUCUGGGACCCCUUCGACAUUGGCUUCGGGCGGGAGCGCAACGCUGGCCGCCGCGGGCGGCGGCGGGGAGUGAGCAGCGGCGCCGUCACCGUCGACUGGCGAGAGACCCCUGAUACCCACAUCUUCCGCGUCGACGUCCCGGGUAAGUGCCGGCUCCUGUGGACGUCGCGACGACCUUGGGCUGUUUUCUGAUCUCUCUGCGACGGCAGGCCUGAAGAGGGAGGAGGUGAAGGUCCAAGUGGAGGACGGGAAGGUCCUCGACCUCCGCGGUGAGCGUUCCGGCAAGGAGGAAGAGGAGUCUCCGGCCGGGGGAACAUGGCACCGGCGGGAGCGGCUUGGAUUGGGGAGCUUCCACCGGCGCUUCCGCCUGCCGGAGAACGCCGACAUGGACGCCCUUCAAUGCUCGCUGGACAGCGGCGUGCUCACCCUGAAGGUGCCCAAGAAGGAGAAGGCCGCCGCCAGCCAGCCAAGAGUCCGCCCCGUCGAAAUUUCUUGA